AUGUCAUUGAGUCUUUGGGCUCAAGCUUUGCCGGUUUUAAUAGAAUUUGCUCCCGCUUUGUUUGGUAUUGGUGCCGCUGGUACUGUUAUUGGCACAGGUUUAGAAGUUGCAAACGCGGUUAAUAGUUUGCUUUCGGGUGAUAUAUCUAAACAGUCUACUGUUGAUACAUUAGUUAAUUACGUUGCAGAUACUGCUACGGACGCUUUAAUAGACGCUGGUAAUGGCUUACUCAGGCAAGGUGCGGAAACUGUACAGGAGGCGUUUAGGAACGGGUUACGGUCGAGGUCGAGGUCGCAGGUUCGGCGGUCGCCUGAGCCUCCGAAGAAGACGAAGCCGUUUACGGGGAAGAAUUGGUAUGCGCGGAAGAAGCUCUAUAGGUCGAGGGCGCAGCCGUUCUAG